UACGGCAGGCGUGGCUGGGAGCCGGUGGCUGAGGCGGGUGGGGCUCUCCUCCGGCCUCUGGGAGGGCGGUUGCUGGGCUUGCGAUACCCAGUCACUGCUCCCUGCCCUCAGUGAGCCGAGCUGUCUCGCGGGCGCCACCAUGACAGGCAGCCGCUGUGUCCCGGUGCUCCUGGCCGCCUGGCUCGCGGCGGCAGCGGCCGAGGGCCUCCAGCAGGCCGCGCUGCCGGCGGAGGAGAGCCGGGUGCAGCCCAUGACCGCCUCCAACUGGACGCUGGUGAUGGAAGGCGAGUGGAUGCUGAAAUUUUAUGCCCCGUGGUGUCCAUCUUGUCAGCAGACUGAUUCUGAAUGGGAGACAUUCGCAAAAAAUGGAGAAACACUUCAGAUCAGUGUGGGAAAGGUGGAUGUCAUUCAAGAACCAGGUUUGAGUGGCCGCUUCUUUGUCACUACUCUCCCAGCAUUUUUUCAUGCAAAAGAUGGGAUAUUCCGUCGUUACCGAGGCCCAGGAAUCUAUGAAGACUUACAGAAUUACAUCUUAGAGAAGAAAUGGCAAUCAGUUGAGCCUCUGACUGGCUGGAAGUCCCCAGCUUCUCUAACGAUGUCUGGAAUGGCUGGUCUUUUUAGCAUCUCUGGCAAGAUUUGGCACCUUCACAACUAUUUCACAGUGACACUUGGAAUUCCUGCAUGGUGUUCUUAUGUCUUUUUCGUCAUUGCCACUUUGGUGUUUGGACUAUUCAUGGGUCUGAUCCUGGUAGUGAUCUCAGAAUGCUUCUAUGUGCCGCUUCCAAGAGUUUCAUCUGAACGCUCUGAGCAGGAUCAGAGGCCAGAGGAGAUUCAAGGAGCUGAACAGCUGCAGGAUGCAGAGGAAGAAAAGGAUGACUCAAAUGAAGAAGAAAACAAAGACAGUCUUGCUGAUGAUGAGGAAGAGAAAGAGGACCUUGGAGAUGAGGAUGAAGCAGAGGAAUACGAGGAAGAGGACAACCUGGCAGGCAGCAUGGAUGAGGAGAGAAGUUACGCCAAUGACCAAGGAGUACUGCAGGAAGGCAGUGUGUCCCAGGAGGAACUCGAUGAAGCUCAUUCAGCCGACACACAGGAGGUGGUAGAAGACUCAUUGAGGCAGCGCAAGAGUCAGCAUGCAAACAAGGGACCAUAGGUUUCAUGAUGCCGUUUCUAAAAAUACAGGCCAGAAAAAUAAGUCUGCUUCCCUCUGGUCUGCAGUUUAAGCCAAAUCCUUAGUUUUUAUUUAUUUUUAAAUUUUUUUUUUCCUGAAUGAGCAAUGUUCACUCUUAAAAAAUGAUCUCUGGUCCUGUGGUCACAUGGUAGUAAGCUCCUGUGUCCUUAAGAGAGUCAGGGACCGCACUUAACCACCAUGGUGUAAGGAUCUUUGUGGGGCCUUAGGUGGAGAACAAAUUGAUAUACUUGGGGGCCAAAAGUCAACCAGAGGACUUCUCUCCAGUCCUCCAUAGCACCUUUAGAAAGGAGACUGAUGGCCUAAAUAAAGUGAGAGCAGAGCCACAUUACUCCUGAGCAUCCUUGAAGUACAGGAAGAGUCUUCCUUGUUAAGCAUUUUUGUCAUGGAAGAAACACUGGGUACCAUAGACUCCCAAACACUGUCUUGGGGCUAGAAAUUCUAGAGACCUGGACAUAGAUACGACUUCAAAAAGAAGCUGGAGAGUCAUCUGAGCUCUCUUGGUCUCUGUUGUCUUUUAUUUCUUACCUUUAAUUUCUGUGACUUCUCCACUGUGGAACUGAAGACUGCCACAUGUUUCAUAGCUGCUCUGUAUUGAGAGCAGCAGACAGCAGGAGCCUGUAUCCGUUACCCUUAUUCAACUUAAAGAUACAGGUAAUCAGUAGCCGUGGCUGAUGAGGCUUAGACUGCCAAGGAUCUCAAGGACAUGCUGUAUUCUUUGGCAAUUCAAAAGGUAGUCGUGGUUUCAUAGGACAGUUAUAAACAAACAACAGCUGGUUUUGGUUAGCUUGUAGUACUUCUGGGAUCACUUCUUCAAGAGUUCCUUUAGCUGCAUUCUUUGUGUUUCUGAACCCCAAAGUACUUUGUGCCUUGUUAUUACAAGGUAGUUCUGUGAAGCCAGCUUCAGGUUUGUGUUGUUUAUUUUCCAUCUCAAGGGUUCUCUGCCUCUGGAACCAUGUUAAUAAUAACUGAAAAGCAUGUCUGCUUUUCUUUCAGUGACGUGUUUUUAAUGAAAAAAUUGGUGAAAGUCGCUAUCGAGAUGAAAGGUUUGAUUUUGUUUCUGUCUCCCUAAAUCCUCUAGAGGAUUGUAUCAUUAUAAAUCUCUCCCUACUUCAUCUGAUAUCAAGAUCAAGGGAAACCAGCUUCUUAAAAAAGAUCUUCAACUCCUCUCUUACCCUCACAUGUCUUAGAAUAAAUUCAUAAAAUUACAUUCUAGGUAUAUGAAAGCUGCCUAAAGUCAAUCUUAUACGCAACCCCUGGGUUGAGUCGGAAUAAUGAGUACAGGUUUGUGGAAUUCAAAUGUUUCUGUCAUUUUUAAGAAGGGAUAUGAAUUUAUUUGUUUAGAUAACCCUUUCUCUGCAUGAGCUGCUAACAGGAAGCUCAAUGGUGGUGGAGUUCUGAGUCUGCCUUCCUGGACUGCAUGAGGCUGCUGCAAACCUUGCACAAAGGAAGAUUUUAUUGUGACAAUCCAUUCUUUAUAAAUGUUCUUAUUUCCUCUUUGUAAUGUAGUUAACUAUGAACUCAAGGCUGAGGCCAUCACAGAACUGAAGUAAUAGGAGACCUUCCUGCCCUCCCAUGUUCCUGCCCUCUGACACGUCUUUACUCAAAAGAGCCAUGGUUCUGUGGUGGCGGUUAUCUUCCUGCUAGAGCUGAGAUGCAACUUCUCCUCUGCCAGUGGAUCUCCUUCCCUUGUGAUCAGAUGCAUGGAGUGUUGAAGGAGUAGUAAGUCAAGCCCAGAGGAGCAGGAAAGGGAAGGCUCCGUGGCUCUGUUCUGUGUAGUACUCCUCCUCCAAACUGAAGUCCAGGGUUUUAACAGGAUGUUUGGCUAGAGGGAAGAAUUAGCCUGCCUUAGCCUUUAGAAAUGUUUCAAAACCAGUUUCCAGUUGGACUCCAAAUAGUACCUAAUUGUACAUUGAGAUAAUACAUUUCCUUUCUUAAUAAUACUUAAAAUAAAUAGGAGGGUAGGAGAAAAAAAGUCAUGGAGAAGAGGGUCCAGUCUAGUAAAAUUAUAUUUAUCUAUAAAAAUAAUUUUUUUAGCCUUUCCCUUUUUAACAUCCUGGCAAAAAUUAGGUUUCUAGAUAUAGUCCAAGUAAGUACUUAUAUAAUUUGAUUUCUUUCCAUUUGAAGCCUUUAGGUUUAUUUUCAAUACUUAGUUGAUAUAAAAUGAAAGGAGAAAGUCAACUUAAAAUUAGAUCAACAUUUAAUAUAUUUUUGUGUACAUAAUAAAUUUAAUCCAGAACUUAAGUGCAUGGAAAUAUGAUUUUAUAAAACAAAACUAGCCAUGCUUCUGCUGCACUGUCAUGGCUGCUAUUUAAUGGUAGAAUACUAUUUUCCGUGUGUUAAAUCAGGUGGAUGAGAUAGUGAUUGUGGAAUGAAGGUGUACUGUGCUUUAUGCACAGGUAGUUAGAGUAAGGUGCCUUGUUCUUUAUUGGAAUAUCUGAAAACUCCAGUUACUUCUUUUUUUUUUUUUUAAUUUCUUUUACUGUUCACCUCCUUAACUGUGCUGAACCAUGCUGGCUUGCUUAGAAUCUCAUGGAGGCAAUGCACAGACACUUUCACUUUGUUGUUGUUGUUAUUGUUUUGUUUUGAAGGAUAAUCAUGGAACAGGUCAGGGGUAGCUCAUUCACUUCACAGCCAUUAAACUGCUGGGCAGUCACUACAGUCUCCUCUUGUGCAUAGGAUCUGGACCUGUCAUCUCUAGUAACUAGUGCAGUAGAAGACAAACACGCUUGAGACACAUCGGCUUUGGACAGUUGAGAAAGCCACAUGUUUACUUUUUAAGUCCAAAGCCCCGGCUGACGAUGAAGAUGCUGCCACAUGGUUUGAGUGUAUAUGAGGUUGAAUAGGUGCAUCUUGUAACAGCUUUGGGGAGGUGAUGUAAAUGCUAGCUAAAGGAGUACCUCAUGUGUGGCGUUUUGCAAGAUGGGAAACAGUAGAGUCCAAAGGGAGGUUUUAAAGGAUUGAACAGGAUGAAUGUUAUUUCAGCAUAAAAUCCUAAGCCUGAAGUGAGGGGAAGAAGGGGAGAUGGUGCUUUUGCUGGUGUGUGCAGAUCUUCUGUGUUCUUCCUUUUAGUGGCCCGCUGUUAGUUCUACCAAUAUUGUAUAUGUGUGAUUGACUAGCCUGUCAGAUCUAUCAACUGUUUGCAAAGUAUUUGUGUAAAUCUUUGUGCCAAUAGGGUCUCUUCCAGUGUUGUGUCUCUUUACUUCAGUCUUGGAUUUGAUCCUCUUGAGCUUGUAGCUUGUCUGUCAGAAGCCAAGGUGGAGUCUGAUGAAACCUGCUGGUCAGUUCUCUGAGCAGCUACUCAAAGCAGGAGAUUCAACUAAGAAACCUUGGACAGCUUCAGCCUAGCACAUGGACCUCAGAGGCAUAUUUCCUAAAGUUGUGUGUAGACUGUGAUUCUCUUCACAUAUGGCUUUGACUUGUUUCUAAUGUGAUUGAAUUUUAUUUGUUUCUAGACAGGUUUGUAGAAAUGCAACUUUUAUACUAAAAACUGUUCAUUUGUAUGUAAGUCAAUACAUUAUAAAAUGGUUGUGUUUAUUCUUUGUAUUAGUUUUGAUUAUUUAUGCCAGUGUAUUUAUUUUUCCUUUACCUGUGUAUUCUGUGCUCUCUCAAAUAGAUGUGUAGCAAUUGAAACCAGUGUAUCGUUUCAAGUACUACAUUGCCUGCGUUAUAAAUUCUCUGAUCAGGGAAUUGUGCAUAACCCUGAGCCUACAUACUGCCAUUUUAUUGUCGAGUUCCAUUUGUGUCAAAACCUAAUUAAUGGUAGUGAUGACCAAGUAAAACAGAAUGGUGUAUUGCUUUUUCAUAUAAAUAUUUUCACACAACAAGUAUUUGUGGAGGCAAUUGAAAAUAUUACUUUGUUUAGAAAA